AUGAAAAGGUUAACAAUCAUUCAUAGCAGCAGCAGCUGCUGCUGCUGUUUGAGCACCGCCAUUAAUUCGAUCGGCCGGUUUGCUCUGCGACAUCGAUCGUUCCCUUGCUCUUCUUCUUCUCUGCACUGCACCAUGCGCUGCUACCUCAUCAGAGCCUGCGCUCACUGCCUCGGCUGUUCCUCGGCUCCUCCUUCCACUGCAGAAGAUGAGGAGAGCCAUCCCCACGCAGACGCAGUGGAUAUGAUUGGUGGCUCAGAGAUAAUUAAUGGCGCCGGCGCAUCAAGGAUCAUUGGAACAAGCGCCGUAGGAGGAAGAAGAUCAAGAAGGCCAAAGCCGCCGCCAAUAAGUGAAGGACGAGGAGUACGGACCAACUAUGCUUCUGAUUAGUACUUAAUUAAGUAAUUGUUGCAUGGAUUGAAUUUUAAGCACAAUAAUAUAUAUUUGGCAUUUUUGGUAA